AUGCCUUUUCUCAAGAAGAUGGAAGUCCAGGAUUUGUCCUCGAAAUACGGACAAAAACAGCGCGGUGUGGUCGCCCUCGAACCAAUUCGAGCUGGCGAACCUGUCUUUACAUGUGAUCUACCCAAUUGUAAUUAUUAUAGACUCGAAGAUCCGACAAACAAGUUGAAAAAGGCUCAAGUUCUUGCUCUAAUGGAAGCUUAUCCUGAAGCUGCUGAAUACAUUCGGUAUUACACUUACAUGCUUGACGAUGAUCUCUUUGACGUUCCGCGUCAUUAUAAAACGCAAGAAACAACCGAAGAUUGCUUACUGUUUAAUCAUUCAUGUGAUCCGAAUUGUGGUUUCGGUGGUGAUGAAGAAGAACUUGUCGUCGCCAUUCGAGAUAUUCAACCUGGCGAAGAAAUGACUUAUCAUUAUGGUUUAAUGGAUUCAGAAAAUAGUUUAUGGACUGGCUUAGUAUGUAAAUGUGGCGAGAAAAACUGUGAGGGUGAAUUGAAGUUCGAUUGGUGGAGAGAACCGAAAUGGCAAGCCAAAUACGAAAAAUAUGCUGGUGCUCAUAUUAAACGUAAGAUUCGAAACUUACGUGAAGAACAAAAGAAUAAUCAAGGAACAUCUUGA